AAUCACCCACGGCCCACGAUGACCUCAAGUCGGCCUCGCUUCGAGCCAUUACCCUGCGUAGACAUCAACUUACCCGCACUCUCAUCUUCCUGGAAGCCUCUACUCUGGUCAGCGGCCGACUUUCCCCCAGAAAUUUUCGAAUCCGCGGUCUCGCAAUUAGUGAAUCAUCCAGAGUACAACUCGACACUUAUACUCCGCUCCGAAAUCAUCGCAGAAACAAGCGAUGAGUUUCCGGCAGCGAUUCCUGCGCUCGAUGGCCUCACGCCAAUAAAAACUAUCCAUCGGCGACUUUUGCCCCGACGACCAACGCGUGAUGCAGCUUUGGAGCAAUACUGCACUCUUUAUGGCUUGGAUGGCACUCCAAGCACGCUCGUUUUGACCCCCAUAAUUCCGAAUGGCGGUUCAUUGCCAUAUUACCAUCCCCCAGUGUCAAACCUUGCAUUCCGAUACCUUGAAACAACUCCCCCGACUCUUCGCGUUGAAAUGAUCCUUCUCUCGCCUGACGAGACACCCACCGAUCCAAAUUCGCGGUUGUAUCGCACCGGACUCGCGCUGCUUGACGCAAUCCAUCGAUACGGCUGGGGCGUGCUUAGCAACUACCAGAAGCGCGUUAACCACGAUAGAGUCGUGGCCCGGGAGGCAUAUCAAGACCUUUAUCUUAUUAUGCGCGAAAAGUUCAAGCACAUCGUUGACAAUUGGGUAGAGACGACCGAUCCGUUGAAGCAUGUUUUCGAGGACAUCGGAAUCGCGACCUUCCUGAUGGUCUUAUGGAGGGACACCUACCCCGCGCUAGACGCAUCUCAUCCUGACGAACCUUGGCGGGGAUGGGGACGGCCCCCAGGGGGAUUCCUCGACUUCGGUUGUGGCAACGGCUUGUUGACGCAUAUUCUACUUUCUUGCGGGUAUAUUGGCCGCGGGGUUGAUCUUCGCGCACGAAACUCAUGGUCAACCUACCCGCAAUCAACGCAAGACCAUCUUGUCCUCGACUCUUUUAAUCCUUCCAUUCUGGAAACCACCCAAUCUAUCUUCUCGACCCCUGAUCAAUUCGUCAUUGCCAACCACGCCGACGAGCUUACGCCCUGGACACCGAUUCUCGCAACACUGACUCGAGCCAGUGGAUUCAUCAACAUUCCUUGCUGUCCUUGGGUUCUCGAUGCGCGAUUUCAGCGGGAGAAAGGCCCGGGCCAGCCGGUCCCUCUGGAAACAUUGAACCUAGGCGCUGGCGCGGGCAUCAGCUCCGGUUACGUGCAGUAUCGUAUGUGGCUGGCCCAGUUGUGCCAGCACUGUGGGUGGGAAAUAGAAUGCGAGAUGCUGAGAAUACCGAGUACGAGAAACUGGGCCAUUGUUGCAAGACGGCAGACCGAUGGUAUCGACGCCAAGGCCAAUGCAGAAGAAAUAUUAGAGACCAUCAACGAAAGGGGCUCAUUCAAACCACGCAAGCCGGAGGGCAAGGCGCAUUGA